UUUAAAAAUGUCAGCCGCACAAAAAAUGAGGUAAUAUGUUACUGCCCCCAACAUCAUCUUACAUGAAGAACAGAGCCAGUACAACAAUAUAUAAUGAUAUAUAGUGUCAUGAAACACUUCCCAAGAUUCAAUGGAGGUAGUAAGUAGUAAUUAAAGUUUGCAACUUUCUAUGCCAAAUGAUUUGAUUUUUAUUGUUGGUUUUCAUUUAAUUUUAACCAUCAUUGGAAAAAUCAACUUACAAAUUCCUUGUUUUUUCUCAUUGUUUGGUGGAUCAGAUCUCUAUCUCUCCAUUAUUGUAUUAUAACCUGCAACUCUCAAAAUCAAUACCUACUUUCAAGGUUUUAUUCUCUGCAGAUUUCAUACUCUCAUAUUUAAAAAAGUUUUAAAAUCUUUCCCCAAUCAAACCCUCUGUUUCUUGGCUUUUUUGCAUUUCAAGUUAGCAUGCACAUUCAUCAUACUUCUUCAUUUGGGUGUUCUCUUGUUUCUCUGAGUCAUUUUAUCAAACAGCCUACCUGCAUCUCUGUGAAGCAUUUUUUCAGAAAGCAUAUAGUAGAUUCUUGAUUAAAAAAUAAAUAUAUUUUUUAAUUGCGAGGUUUGAUCCGAGUAAAACUGUCAAUUUCUGCAAGUCUUCAGCUUUUCGCUCCACUGAUUCACUCGAAUCUUAAACUAAUUGGCCAAUGCAUGUGGCUUAGUGGUUUACUUGGGCUCUUCUGCUCUUCCACUUUGAAGUUAGCUUUUAAGGUUCCUGUGUCUUCUUGUUUUCCCUACUUGUAAAGCGUCAAUGUGUUUAGAUCCGUGUAGUUGUAUUUGUUAAUAUUGAUCCUUUUACCAAUCUAGAAUAUGGGUAUUUUUCUUUAAUUCAUUACAAAAAAAAAAAAAAAAAAGUCCGUUUUAGAGAUCAGUGAAGAUGAGGUCAGUUGACGACAAGGGUUGCGUGAAUCCUGUGUCAAGUCAUGAACUUUCCGGCGCCGGCGGUGGUGGUGGUCAUCGGCACCAUACAGCUCUAGGCAAACCGACACCAUCAAAAUGGGACGAUGCCCAGAAAUGGUUAGUCAAGUUAUCUAGAGGCGGAGACAAGGCUCACUCAAACCACGCGCCACCACGUAACUCAAACGCAGACGAUAGAAGAUUAAUAGCACCUGUUCCUAAAAAAGAGUACCCAAGUAGCGAGGAGGAAGGAGUUGAUGGAGGAAUCGAAACAAAAAAAAUGGAUCAUGAUGAUUCAUUGUGGAGAUCUAAUGAGAACCCUGGGACAAUAGUUAGAUCGAUUUGUGUUAGAGAUAUGGGAACCGAAAUGACUCCAAUGGCUAGCCAGGAGCCUUCAAGAACCGCUACACCGGUUCGAGCCAUGAGCCCUGUAGCCUCUGGGUCUUCGACUCCGGUUAGACCAAAUGGUGCUGAUGUUGGUGGGCCCACAAGAUUUGGUCGAGAAAGGGUCGACCCAAAUAUUGCUGAGAACAAAACGAUUCAUCAAGAUGCUAAGCUUAAUCCUCUUGAAAACCGAGCAAUGGCUUGGGAUGAAGCCGAACUUGCAAAGUACAUGGCAAGAUACAAACGCGAAGAAGUGAAGAUACAAGCAUGGGAGAAUCACGAAAAGCGGAAAGCCGAAAUGGAAAUGAAAAGAAUGGAGGCCAAGGCAGAAAGAUUGAAAUCCCGAGCACAAGAGAAGUAUACGAACAAACUUGCAUCAACGAGGAGGAUUGCUGAAGAGAAAAGAGCAAAAGCGGAGGUGAAUUUGAAUGAACAGGCAGUGAAAACUUCUGAAAGAGCAGAUUACAUAAGAAGAACAGGGCACCUGCCUUCUUCUUUCUCAAUUAAGCUGCCUUCUAGCUGUUUUUUGCAUAAGUUUCAGUGUAUUUAGAUUAUUUUGUUGUAGUUGUAAUAGUUUGUUGUUUCCAUUAAAAUUCAAGAUUAAUUUCUAGACUAUACUUUUUGUC